AUGGGGAUUGGGAGGAACUUGUCUGAGAAGAAGGGGAGGGAAUUGUGUGAAUUGCGUGAAGAGACGAACACCAACACCAACAAAUCGAGGAAGAAUAGGAGACAUCGGCUGAGGAAGAUGACGCCUGGGCAGAGGUUGUUUCAGACGUGUAAUCAGGUGUUUGCUUCUACUGGCCCUGGGAUUGUCCCUUCCCUUCAACACAUUGAAAUGCUUCUCUCUGUUCUAGGUGGAAUAAAACAAGAAGAUGUUGGCUUGAGGCCUGACAUGCCAUAUUUCAGUACAAACAAUCCUCGAAGAACACCAAAAAUUACAUACCUGCACAUUUAUGAAUGCCAACAAUUCUCGAUGGGAAUAUUUUGCUUGCCACCCUCUGGAGUUAUUCCUCUUCACAAUCACCCUGGAAUGACGGUUUUCAGCAAGCUUCUUUUUGGAACCAUGCACAUCAAAUCUUAUGAUUGGGUCGUGGACUUGCCUCCUCACAUUUCUACGAUGGUCAAACAAUCAGAAACAUCCCAGAGUUCGGAUAUAAGGUUGGCCAAAGUUAAGGUUGAUGCUGAUUUCGUUGCUCCUUGUGACCCCUCCAUUCUUUAUCCUGCUGAUGGAGGCAAUAUGCAUUGGUUCACUGCAGUUACAGCUUGUGCAGUUCUAGAUGUGCUUGGUCCUCCAUACUCUGAUCCUCAUGGCAGACACUGCUCCUACUACCACAAUUUCCCCUUCUCCAACUAUUCAGUUGAUGGAAUAUCCAUACCAGAGGAGGAAAGAAAGACAUAUGAAUGGCUUCAAGAGAAGGAGAAACCUGAAAAUCUUCAAGUAGUUGUAAAGAUGUACAGCGGCCCAAAGAUUGUGGAGAACUAA